AUGCCUUCUAGCCCCGGGUCACAGCCUAUCCCGGCUAAGAAUGGCUCCACGGCUGCUCACCACGACAUCCAAUCGGCGUUUGCCUCCUCCUUCCGCUCUGCCUCGCCCUUAGCGCAAGACCUGCUCGCUCGGGACUUGGCCGAGUGUUCCGAUGAGGACGAGGACGUACCUGUGGACGCCGACGCCGUCGAAUUCGGGGAUGACGACGAAGCUGAGGAAGACGACGGCGUUGACGACCUCGCGGGGCCGACGCUGUACCGCCGGCCGAGCGGCAUCGCCUUCGGAACCACCCGGCCUGCCCUCGGCCCCGGCGCCCUAGACGACCCACCCGUGCUCACCCGCUCGGAGCGUACCCGUAGCCGGGAUGCUGAGCGGUCACUGCUGCGUGACAAUCACAUCCUCCCGCCCAAACACCAGGCGCCGAGAAAGGGCGUUAGUGGUCAGCUGUCGGGGCUGUACCGGCGCCUCUUCAGUACCAAAGUGCCGUUGCCGGCUGGGAACGAUGAGGAGGCGGCCGUCGGCCCCCCACGCAUCGUCGUGAUUCCCGAUGAGAACUCCCCUCUUUUACCGGCCUCGGGUGGCCGCCGCCACUCUUCCGGCGCACAGGAACAGCCUCAGGGUCUCAACGAACAGUGGGAAGCCGCCGUGGCGGCCGGGCAGAUCCGGACGACGUGGCAGCGGGAGGCCAAGACGCUGGCGGUAUACUCGCGGUCGCUGGUUGUGACCUUCAUGUUGCAAUACUCACUGAACGUGUCGUCUAUCUUCGCGGUCGGUCGGCUCGGCACGCUGGAGCUGGGCGCCGUAUCGCUGGCGACCAUGACGGCCACCAUCACCUGCUACGCGCCCAUCCAGGGGCUCACAACCUGCCUGGACACGUUGUGUGCGCAAGCCUUUGGUUCGGGCCACAAGCACCUGGUCGGCCUGCAGCUGCAGCGUAUGACCUACUUCCUGUUGCUGCUCCUGAUCCCUGUUGCCGUCAUCUGGCUGCGCGCUGAGUCCAUCCUAGCGUCCAUGAUUGAACCUGACAGUGCUGCACUAGCUGCCAGCUACCUGCGCAUCGUGCUGCUCGGCACGCCGGCGUACGCCGCGUUUGAGGGCGGAAAGCGGUUCGUCCAGGCGCAGGGCUUGUUCCAUGCCACCACCUAUGUUCUGCUGAUCGCCGCGCCGGCAAACGCCCUAAUGAACUGGUUGUUUGUGUGGAAGUUAGGAUUCGGGUUUGUUGGCGCGCCAAUGGCAGUUGCCAUCACGCAAAAUAUGCUGCCGUUACUGCUCUUCUUGUAUGUCUGGAAGAUUGACGGGUCCCAAGCUUGGGGCGGGUUCCGCCGCAGUGCGUUACGGAACUGGGGCCCCAUGAUUCGGCUUGCGCUACCGGGAAUGAUCAUGGUCGUGGCCGAGUGGUUUGCCUUCGAGAUCUUGACGCUGGCGUCUGCUCGGCUGGGCGUCACGUACCUCGCUGCGCAGAGUGUGCUGGUGACUGUGACUAGCACGACCUUCCAGAUUCCGUUCCCACUGUCUGUUGCCGGUUCGACUCGCUUGGCGAAUUUGAUUGGGGCCAAGUUGGUCGAUGCCGCCAAGACGUCGGCCAAAGUUACCACCGUGGGCGGCGUGCUGGUCGGCUUGUUCAACGUUACACUCCUCUUCGUUUUCCGAUACCAUAUCCCGCUUCUGUUCACGCAAGAUCCGGCUGUUAUCGAGAUCGUGGCCCAGACUCUGCCCGUUUGCGCCGUCAUGCAGCUGUUCGACGGCAUGGCGGCAGUCUCGCACGGGCUGCUGAGGGGUAUCGGUCGUCAAGAGUUUGGCGGGUAUGCCAACUUGGUGUGCUACUACCUGGUAGCGUUGCCUAUUUCGUUCGGGCUGGGGUUCGGCCUGGAGUGGAAGCUGACCGGGCUGUGGAUUGGUGUUAUGUUCGGGCUGUUAAUCGUCUCGUUGGCCGAGUAUUGGUUUACAUGGCGUGUUGACUGGCAUGAGGUGGCUAGGGAAGCCGAGCGCCGGAAUGCGGCGGGGUAA